AUCUCAAGCUGAUAAAUUCCAUGCUAAGAAUUAACGACAGAGUAACCGAAGCACGGCGGAGGAAACAGCUCUCCGGAGGCAGAAGGGUCAGCUACCCUGAGAACACGUCUAAACCUGGAGGAACAUUCCGGAAGGAGGCACAGCAUAAAAGUACAGGCUAAGCACAGGAGGGCUGCAAAAUGUGUUAAUAGAAUAACUGAAAAUAAGAAUAUCCAGAAAUUAAGGGACAAGAACUGAAGGAUCCAAACAGGGAGGCACUCACAUUUUAAGAUCUCUAAGAAGAGGUAGAAAAUAGUUAGUAUGGAAUCAAAAGCUUGUGAAUCAAACAAUGAAGAUCUUUUAUCAAGUGGCAUCACAACCAAUGGAGGUUCUUCAAGCCCAUUUUUUGUGUCAUCUGUUCGUGGAACAAUAACUGAAAAUGCAUCUUCAUCUGGGACUUUAACACAAAAGCCUUUUUUCCCUAAGUAUGAAGUGGAACUUGAUUCUCAUAGGAAGGUCAUCCCUUACCCUGGGAAAGAACACAUCGAACGUGUUUUGGAAGAAUAUUCACAUCAAGUUAAAGAUUUGCAGAAAAGACUCAGUGAAAGCAAUGAAUUACACGAGAAACAAAAGUUUUACUUAAGACAGUCAGUCAUUGAUUUACAAACAAAACUUCAAGAAAUGCAGAUGGAGAGAGAUGCCAUGGCCGACAUCAGACGAAGGGAGAGUCAGUCCCAAGAGGAGUUAAGAAAUCAGCUUCAAAAUACAGUUCAUGAGCUUGAAGCUGCCAAAUGCCUCAAGGAGGACAUGCUGAAAGACAGCAGCACACAGAUAGAGCAGCUAAGAAAAAUGAUGCUUAGCCACGAAGGUGUGCUUCAAGAAAUCCGGUCAAUAUUAGUUGACUUUGAAGAAGCCUCAGGCAAGAAAAUAUGUGAACACGACAGCAUGUCUACCAUGCACUUCCGCAGCCUGGGCUCCGCUAUUAGUAAAAUCCUAAGAGAAUUAGACACAGAGAUCUCUUAUCUUAAAGGGAGGAUAUUUCCAGUAGAGGAUCAGCUUGAAACACUGAAAUCUGAAUCACAGAACAAAAUAGAGCUAUUACUUCAACAACAUCAAGAUCGGAUUGAGCAGUUGAUAAGUGAACAUGAAAUUGAAAUAACAGGACUUACGGAGAAAGCCAGCAGUGCACGAAGCCAAGCCAAUAGUAUCCAGAGUCAACUGGAAAUCAUUCAAGAACAAGCAAGGAACCAAAACUCCAUGUAUAUGCGCCAGCUCAGUGACUUGGAGUCUACUGUUUCUCAGCUGCGUUCUGAACUGAGGGAAGCCAAGAGGAUGUAUGAAGAUAAGAUAGAAGAGCUGGAGAAGCAGUUAGUCCUUGCCAACUCAGAGCUCACCGAGGCGCGCACAGAGCGGGACCAGUUCAGUCAGGAGUCGGGAAAUCUGGAUGACCAACUCCAAAAGCUGUUGGCAGACCUACACAAGAGGGAGAAGGAGCUGAGUCUGGAGAAGGAGCAGAACAAGCGCCUGUGGGACCGAGACACCGGCAACAGCAUCACCAUCGACCACCUGCGGCGGGAGCUGGAUGACAGGAACAUGGAGGUGCAGCGGCUGGAGGCCCUGCUCAAGGCCAUGAAGAGCGAGUGUCAGGGCCAGAUGGAGCGGCAGAUGGCAGCUAUUCAGGGGAAGAACGAGAGCCUGGAGAAAGUGUCCUCCCUUACUGCACAGCUUGAGUCCACCAAGGAGAUGCUGCGCAAGGUGGUGGAAGAGUUGACGGCCAAGAAGAUGACCCUUGAGAGUUCUGAGAGGACGGUGUCCGACCUGACAGCUUCCCUCCAGGAGAAGGAACGGGCCAUCGAGGCCACCAAUGCAGAGAUCACUAAGCUCCGCUCGCGAGUGGACUUGAAGUUACAGGAGCUUCAACACCUGAAGAAUGAGGGGGACCACCUCAGAAAUGUGCAGACCGAGUGUGAGGCGCUUAAGCUCCAGAUGGCGGAGAAGGACAAGGUCAUCGAGAUCCUGCGGCAGCAGAUUGAGAACAUGACGCAGCUGGUUGGCCAGCACGGACGGACCGCUGGUGCGAUGCAGGUGGAAAAGGCUCAGCUGGAGAAAGAGAUCAAUGACCGGAAGCUGGAACUGCAGGAGUUUAAGAUUUUAAAAGAUAAAAAAGAUGCAAAGAUCCGGGAACUUGAAGCCAGAGUGAGUGACCUAGAACUGGAGAAGGUGAAGCUGGUGAAUGCAGGCUCUGAGCGACUCCGAGCAGUGAAGGACAUCAGACAAGAGAGAGAUCAACUCUUGAAUGAGGUGAAGACCAGCAGGACUGAGCUAAACAGUCUCUCAGAGGACUAUGAAGUUUUGAAAAGGAAUUUCCGAAACAAAAGUGAAGAAAUGGAAACCACUACAAACAAGCUAAAGAUGCAAUUGAAGUCUGCGCAGACUGAGCUGGAGCAAACAAGGAAUACCCUGAAGACCAUGGAGGGCUCCGACGGCCAUGCUAUGAAGGUGGCAAUGGGCAUGCAGAAGCAAAUCACAGCCAAGAGGGGUCAGAUAGAUGCCCUGCAGAGCAAGGUGCAGUUUUUAGAAGAGGCUGUGACAAGUGCCAACAAGGAGAAGCAUUUUUUGAAAGAAGAGAAGAGUAAGCUCAGCCAGGAGUUGAGUACCGUGGCAACAGAGAAAAACAAGAUGGCCGGGGAGCUAGAAGUGCUUCGGUCUCAAGAACGCCGCUUGAAGGAGAAGGUUGCUAACAUGGAAGUCGCUCUUGACAAGGCAUCUUUGCAGUUUGCAGAAUGCCAAGAUAUCAUACAGCGCCAGGAGCAAGAGUCUGUGCGUCUGAAACUUCAGCACACUUUGGAUGUAAAAGAGCUUCAGGGCCCUGGCUACACCUCUAAUCCUUCAAUGAAACCUCGCCUUCUCCAGCCGGCCUCUGUAACCCGGUCACACUCCAAUGUACCCUCCUCCCAGUCGACGGCCAGCUUCCUGUCUCAUCACUCUAUGAAAACCAACACACUGAAGGAAGACCCGACCAGGGACCUGAAGCAGCUUCUCCAAGAGCUGAGAAGUGUCAUCAACGAGGAGCCGGCCAUGCCUCUAAGCAAGACAGAAGAGGAUGGACGGACACCGUCCCUUGGAGCAUUAGAUGACAGGGUGAGAGACUGCAUCACGGACUCGAGCCUGAGAUCAGAGCUCUGCCACAGAAGUAACAACUCCUUGAGGGAAUCCUCUGAAGGGAGCAAGUCUAGUGAAACCCUUAGCAGAGAGCCAGUCACACUGCAUGCGGGGGACCUGGAAGAUCCGUCUAGUUGCUUCACAUUCACGUCUACAGCAAGUCCAUCUGUGAAGGUUUCAGGCUCUCGUUCAUUCAAUUCUUCUCCUAAGAAGUCUCCAGUGCACUCCCUCCUAACUAGUUCUGCUGAGGAGUCAGUAGGCUCAGCGUCCCAGUACCGCUCCACCAAGCCUAUCCACUCACCUGACUCUACUAAAGAUUCACAGUCUCCGUCACUAGAAACAACAGGAAAAACAUGCCAAAAACUGCAGAACAGACUGGAAAGUUUGCAAACCUUGGUAGAAGAUUUACAGCUGAAGAACCAAGCAAUGUCUUCAAUGAUCAGAAAUCAAGAAAAGAGGAUUCAGAAAGUGAAAGACCAGGAGAAAAUGUUACUAAAAUGAUGUCAUCGCUCGCCCGCUCUCUACAAAGGGCUGGCACCCGAUGAGCUGUGCUGUUACUUAUAAUUAGUGCCUGGACGUUUUCUUUUUAUGUGAAAAUUUAAUAAAAGAUUCCCUGUCCCAUAAAUAAACUUUUUGAAUGCUCUCAUAGCAAAAUUUUCAACACUACUAGCUAGAUUUGAGAGUAGUCAUAUAUUAUAAUGUAUUAAUUUAUGCUAAUUCUAGCACAUUGGUAUAAUUUUUAAAAUUAUUGUACUGGUUCUGAGAUAGAGGCAUUUUUUUCAGCUUAAAUUCUGAGGAGGAAAAGAGUGUUCAUGUGCUGUAAAGGGGUGCAGUGUCAAGAGCAGAAGGACAAACUCCAGCAUGCUGGACAAACACCAGCCUUCUUUGGUGACCUUGAACUCAUUGUUCUGUCAACAUCGGUGAUCAACAAAACCAAUCAAAACUUUUAGAAACCUCUCUUCUUGCAUAAAACUAAAGAAAGACAAUACUUUGUUACUAUUUAACAAAUGAGUAGGUAAGUUCUAGGUUGAAUAUAGUCUAGCCUAAUAUUUAAUAAAGUGCAGGUAUUCAUAUGCAGACCAAAUAUAAUGAGACAAGGACACUUGCAAAAGUGUUUUACUUGUGCCAAAAGUUAGACACAAUGUGGCAAAAAGUGUAUUUCUCCACUCCCUAGUACACAGUUGUCAUGGAGACACAGCUGCCUAGUUGGAGACCCUGUUGCAGCCCCAUGUCCCUCACCUCUGGGGGUGGUCACCUGACCAGUUCUCACAGGUGGAAUGGAACAUGAACAACUCUGUGUCUUCAGGUCCAAGUGCUAACACUGCAUUCAUGCUUUUUUUUUUCAAGUCAUUUCCCUCCCACAAAUUGGAUGCAGAGGAUGGAGAGGGCCCUUAGGAUGGUGGCACCACCAGGCAGAAGAGGGUCUGGGGGACUCCACAAGGAGGGGAGCUGCAGCCCAGAUGACCAACAGUUGACUGAUACAGGGGCAAGAAGUCUGGGUGGUGUUCCUACCUUCUUCCAUUUCGCCAGCAGGAGCCCUGACCAGGCACAGGCAGUGACUAGGAGGGCGCGCGUGCUCUCAAGAAACUCAUGUUGCUCUCAAUGUCAGUGAGCACUCCAAGCACAUCUGACUUGAUAGUUAAAAUAAAUGUGUAUUUAAUUAUAAGAAAUAUGUGUGUAUAUACAUAGCAUAAUAUUCCUUCAGUCAGUUGGCUUUAAUGGAAGAUUAACUUUUAUUUCAUUGGGUAAUAAAUAGAAUUCUGGAGAUUAUGUUUAAAUUGCUUUACUUCAUAGGGAUACUUGAGCAUUGUAAAGUAAUGGCCAGUGCCUUCCGCGGACCUCAUUAUAUAGAAGCAGAAUGUCUGAAU